AUGCCACUCAAACUCUUUCACACCUACUCAAGACUGAUACGAUUUGAUGACCGUGAAUCAAGACCAACAAGACGUGUGAGAGACAAACUUGCAGCCAUAAGAGAGGUAUGGGACAAGUGGGUGGAGCGGUUGCCCUACCUCUACAAUCCAGGGCCUGAUGUAACAGUGGAUGAGCAACUGGUUCCAUUUAGAGGUCGUUGUCCUUUCCGGCAGUAUAUGCCCAGCAAGCCAGCAAAAUAUGGGAUCAAAUCAUGGGUGGCUUGCGAUGCCAAAUCAAGCUAUGCUUGGAAAAUGCAAAUCUAUACUGGGAAGUCAACCGGUGGAUGUCCAGAGAAGAACCAGGGGAUGCGAGUUGUGCUUGAUGUGACAGAGGGACUGAGGGGUCACAAUGURACAUGUGACAAUUUCUUCACCUCUUAUGAACUCGGACAGCAGCUCCUGAAGARGAAGAUCACCAUGRUUGGUACAGUUCGAAAGAACAAGCCUGAGCUCCCACCUGCACUGCUUGCGACAAAGGAGAGAGAGGUCCUCUCCUCAAAGUUUGCCUUCACRCCCACCACCACUCUAGUUUCCUACCUCCCAAAGAAAAACAAAAAUGUCCUUCUUCUGAGCACACUGCACAAAGACGGCGACAUUAGCGAUCGUGAGGACAGGAAGCCAAUCAUCAUCCUGGAAUACAACCGCACCAAAGGAGGUGUGGACAACCUAGAUAAGGUGAUUGGAACAUAUAGCUGCAGAAGAAUGACCGCCCGCUGGCCCCUGGUCAUCUUCCACAACAUCAUUGAUGUGUCCUCCUACAAUGCCUUUGUGAUUUGGAGAGAGAUCAACCCAACCUGGAUGUCUGGUAAGCACAACAAGAGGAGGUUGUUCCUGGAGGAGCUAGGAAAGGCACUUGUAGCUCCACUGAUUGAAAGAAGGAAGCAUGUCCCCCGCACAGAAGCCUCAGCAGCAGUUGUGAAAGCUAUUCAGAGUGCAGCAGCUCCUGAUCAACCUGAGGAUCCAUCUACCACAGUCACUUCCCCAACUAAGCCAAGUAAGAGGAAGAGAUGUCAGUUCUGCCCUCAAAAGAAGGACUGUAAAACAUAUACUGCGUGCUGCAGGUGUAAGAAAUAUGUCUGCAAAGGCCUUACACUUGCCUACUGCCCUACAUGUGCUAAUUAGUUGAAUGGAUUAUGUUAAUUUUAAUAUUUUUUCAUAUCUUUGUCACAUUUGUAGAUUUAAACUGUCUUAUUGCUUCAGUAUUUCUACUUAACUUUAUGUUUUUCUCGCAGUAAGAAACACCAACAUGGAUGCUUCAAAGCAGGGAAGGAGCUGUUAGGUCUCUCCAUUUGAUCACCAAUACUUAGGUCUCACAAAGCCAUGACAUCCUGUUGGUUUUCCCAAUUUGCUUGAAGGCAAUUACACUUUGAAUAUUACACUGUGUGCACAGCUACUAUAGGCAAAUCUUUUUCUUUUUUUGCUAUGAUUAUUUGUAUCAAUCACCACUUACGGUGCUCUCAGUGAAUAAAAAAUGUUAAUAAACCUCAAAUAUAAAUGCUUAAGAAAUUACAAGUGAAUAUCUACUGUAUAUGUGCACAUAUAUUGUGCAACUAUUAUCAUGACGUAGACCAGAGAGCUGAACUGUUGACCUUCACUGUAAAUCUCCUGUUUUGGUUCAGUUGAGGAAGAGCACCUUGCCGUCAGUUUUUUUAUAUUAACACCUCUGCUGGCCAGUACUUGGAUGAAUGUAAUGGAAAAUAAUUACCGUUUUUCUUUAAAGUUACAGACAACGCCCUAGUGUCUUCUAAAAACUGGCAGUAGGUUUGAGAAUUGACAUUGAGCCCAUCUUCAACAUGACUAGGUCCAACCAGCUGAUCUUCAAUAACACCAGGUCAGACCAGUGCCUCACCUCCACCUUGAUGGCGUCUGACUCCAAGUAGAGCUUUCAGCCCGUUGCUCAUCCACCCACGGCCCUCUGGGAGACUUUUGAUAAAAUUUUGACUUUUCAAAGUCAGUGAAAUCUCUUUUUCGACCCAAUUUGCCUAAAGAAAAGCAGGAAUCUUCUUUUC